CUAGGAUGAGUCGCACCAUAGUUUCGAGUUUCAGUUGUCCAUUGAAUGCAUGUUUUUCCUUUUCGUUUACUACUACUCUGCAUGCUGAAAAAGCGCGGCCGCAGUAGACUUGGCGGAGACAGCAGGACGUCGGUGUCCUGAAGAAGAAGAAGACGCUGUGGAGGAAUAGUUUAGAUCGCGGCCUGGACACUUGAAGCCCUCUACUGGGCGGUAACAUCAUUAUCAUCAGCACAGGACGACAAGAACGAUUCGCCGUUGUCUUCAAGCCCUUUUACUUUCAGGUCAGAAUUAGAAAAAAUAUUAUUUGUCAGCAGUAUAAGAUUUGUGCCUGUAGAUCCUGUAGAUUUAGAUACCAGAAACAGAGUAAAUGGCUCCAGCCCGUACACCACCUUCGCUGUAUAUUAGCACAAAUCCGUCCUCGAGCAGCCUUGAGCACGAAGCAAUGAGUUCGUCUAGGGCUAUAGAAGCGGCGCAGCAGCAUGCGGCAUCCAGCUCCAGUUCCGCGUCCUCUUUCCUCCAGGGUGUCCUCACGGUUUCCACCCAAACCUGCCGCAGGUGUUUUGACAGGCGCCGGCAAGCGGACUAUUUCGCGCAGUGCAACAACUUUUCUGUGGGGAAGGAAAAUUGCAACCACGGCCCCUUGUGUAAGGACUGCGUGGAAGCGCUCGGGAAAUAUGUGCUGCCGGCUUGCCCAAUAUGCUGCGCUCAAGUCAGCGGGUGGGCGAGCUUGAGCGACGGUAUAAAUACUUUUUCUUUUAUGUCUGCGGCGAGUGCUAUAGUGGUGUUUUUUGGCUGUCGGAGGCUGACACCGAGUGACUAUCGUUAAGGACUGCGACUGAAGUAGCGCAGCAGGCACUAGUAAUGGUUGCGAAUUACGCGAUAGAAAUGAAUCACGCCCGUGGCUCAUCAUGGCCUCUAGCUCGAAGCGAUUACUGAUCGACAUUACAACAACCUCUAGGUAUCGCAAUACGGUACUCCGUUGAUGGUACCACAGAGGAGGCUCGCGUAGAGAUUUCGAUGACGCACCAUAUCGUGACGAGCUUUCUCCUGCUACCUUCGGGAUGAUCAUGAAUCUGAUAGAGCAAAUCUGUACUUGUACUCUAGGUGUGCUACACCGCGGGGCCGAUCGCAUCGCAUUUUUGAUCAGGAAAGCCGUCGCGGCGUGCAGCAUCGCCAUCGACGCAAACGCGAGAAAUUUGCAAGUGCAGAAGUCGUGGAGCAGUACCACGCCAGGCGGAACUGCAAAAAGCGGAACUACUAGCAGCUGCGCAACCACAACCUCGGAACAAGAAGCAUCUUCUGUCGCUCCUGUGAGUGCAGCUGGCGGGACCACAGGCACAAGGACAUCAACAAGCUCAGUAGAUGCAGGCGGUGCACAACCAGUAGCUUUAUCGCCUCUUAGAAGCAAUACUAGACCUGGGACGACGUCGUGGAAGUCUCACAACAAGAAGGAGUUUUCGUGGGGCGUGCAAGUGGACCCAAAAAGCAUCAAGCUGAAAGAAAAAAACGGGUUUCUGGUGGUGACGGCGAAAAUCCCGUGCGAGUCGGUCGUGUGAGCAGCAGACUGUAGAAAUGCCGUGGCUGCGGUCGUGUUGCCGUUCCUGUAUUACAGCCUUUGGGACUGCUUACUAGUACAGGCAGCAGGAGCACUGGCCCCGCGGAAACUUGCAGCUUGUCCUGCACCAAAAGCUCGGCAGCACAACAGGAAGCGGCGAAGGGCGGGGAACUUCACCGGGGUUCUGAGAGGAGAAGCGGGAAGAAUGUAAGUAGAUGCUCUUGGUGGAGCAACAGAUGGAGAAGGUCGCUGGUACUCAGGGAAUUUUAACAGGUAAAUUACAUUCCGAACAUCUUUAUUCCUUUUCCGCGUAAGUGCACGACACUCGCAACUUUGACUGAUGACGUUACAGCAGGCGAAAAGGAUCGGAUCCGCUUUUGCACGUUGUAGAUCGUUUCUGUUUAAAACGUAGUUCAAUCAAAAGGAAAAGAAGAAGAACGCGAACAACAACAUGAAUAUGCCAUAGAGAACAGAAAACAAGAUUUUGAUGUCUGCUGGUUGAAAACUGAAAUUGAAAAGAAGUGACAGCAACAACGUAGACGGCGAGCAGCAAUUAUUACAUAGGCAGUCCUCGAUGUCGAUGUCGAAUUUCCUCUGAGUCUGAGAGUAACAAGCACUCCAGCGC